UUUUAUGUCUGAUAUAAAAUUGUGUACACCGAAAAUUGAAUAUCAGUUAAACGCAAAAGGUUCCAAGAAAUUUUACCGAAAGGCAGAAAAACGGCCAAAAAGAGGCAAAAAUUAUUGACGCAUUGAGAUACCAAUUUCCGAGAAGCGCAUUUCUAAUUUAGACCGAAUUCUCAGAAGUGACAGACAAGACAACAACGGCUGAAACAGCCAGAGGCAAAAACAAAUUAUACAUCGUUGUGUGGGGACGGCAAGACAUCAUGGCAAAAGCGUCAGAAACACAAACAACAAUACAGUACGAAAAACACAACUAAAAUUGCUGUGCCAGAUUCAAUAUAGAAAUUAAAAAAUUGUGUAAAUAUAUUCCGAUGGGGCACCGUUCCAGCAAACUAUCUGCUGGCCUCACCAACGGUAACACUAGCAUCAACAAAAGUUCAACUACAGACACAACGUCAUCAGCUAAAUUGUCCAAGCAUUCAACUCGCCGUCAUUCGUCACGUUUUCCAAAGUCGCGCUCAGUAAAUAGCGACUGUAAUAAGAAUUAUCGCAAUUCAAUUGCAUCACUCACCAGCAAUAGCACUAACGUCGCCACUGUGUACGGAGGCAACAAGUUCUUGCCUAUUUUGCAAUUGGACAGUGGCGAUUCAGUAACCGAAGACAGCGGUCUAACAUCAGUGUCCAACAACACACCAGGACAGAUUAUUAUAAAGAUACGCUUCAAAACGCAUUCGCAGUGUGAGAUGGAUAAUGCACAACAGAGUACACUGCCGUCAACAUCCCACACGUCCACCCAAACUGAGGCAAGGAUCGAGAAUUAUCGGCGCUUAGUGGAUACGAAUUCGAAUAAGGUGCUGCACAUAGAUGCUGAAAAAGUGGAAAUCACUAGAAGUUCGGAUAACUCAUCGUUAAAUAAUAAUAAUAAUAGUAGAGCAUCACUUCCGGUUCAUUUAAAUCCGCUACGCAUUACUGAACCGCUGCCGGAACAAAGCGCAGACGGUGGUGUUGAUCCCGUGGAGUACUACGAGGUUACCGAAGAGGCUUCUGCUGCCUCCAUACGCAACCGGCCGGAUAGUAGCCGGCGUCAGAGAGCGAAGUCGGCUUUUAUGAAUUUUAGAAGCAUGUUGGAAUCGUCCAGCUGCAGCAUCAGUAAAUCGCAUUCGAAUAAAAUAUCGAAUGGCAAUAACAACAAUAAUAAUAAUAACAGCAGCACCAAUCAUUCCCACAGUAUUCCACAAUCACUUCCAGUAUUGUCAGUUGCACCAACGCAUCAGCAGCAAAUACGGCCGUUUGAUGGUGAGACAACAGGAUUGUCGAAUGCUAGUGCUUCCAGCAUUUACCAUAGCACACCUAUUUGUAAUCCCACUCCUGCAUCAGCUUCCGACGCAAUUACAUCCACUCCAAUAUCAAUUACUACCUCAACAGCAACACUUCCACCACAGACCUCAGCAACCAAUCAGCUGGCCAUAUGGGCAUCCAACAAAGAUGUCAUCAUUUCCUCCAUAAACUUGGUGGUAUGCCCAUCAACAGCGGGCGGCGUCACAUUGGAGCGUCUGACGGCAACAGAACUCGUUGCUGGGAAUAAUGACGGUAGUGGCUCUAUUGUAAACUGCAGUGCUGAUCAAUUAAGCCUGGUAGAACGCGAGAACUUGAAUAGCGCAGCGCACACUUCGUUGCCGAAGAGUAGUAUACAUGUCGCACCUAGAGCGCUGUGUCCCAUUGUGCACUCGCAAGUGGAUUUUGUGCACUAUCUUGUACCUGAUUUAGAGCGUAUUUUCAACUCAAGCUUUUACUGGGGCAAAAUGGAUCGCUAUGAGGCUGAGCGUCUACUGGAGGGCAAGCCCGAAGGAACAUUCUUAUUGCGUGAUUCGGCACAGGAGGAGUACUUGUUCUCGGUGACAUUCCGCAAAUACGGACGAUCGCUGCAUGCGCGUAUCGAACAGAGUGGCCACAAGUUUAGCUUCGAUUGCCACGAUCCAGCCGUUUUCAGCACUUCCACAGUGACCGGUUUGUUGGAACAUUAUAAGGAUCCCGGCAGCGUCAUGUUCUUUGAACCAAUGCUGACUGUACCAUUUCAUCGCGGAACAGUCUUCUCCUUACAGCAAUUAGCGCGUGCCGCCAUUGUAUCACACAACACCUAUGAUGGCAUAGCUAAACUAGAGCUGCCGGCGCGCCUAAAAGCAUACCUUAAAGAAUAUCACUACAAACAGAAGUUGCGUGUGAAGUUGCUCGAUGAGACACUACUUACAUGUACCUAGUGUCCGCUAAAUGCGGCCCAUUACCGUAGCGGCGUAGGUGAUGGUGGCCGAAUAAUGCUGCAUGCAACUACUGCAGGUGCAUUUGGCCUGAAUUUCGAAUCUGGUGUUGAUGGGAGUGGCAGUGGUACGAGCAGCAAUGUCACCGCACAUGUGGUUGAUGGUUUGCUGAACAUGCGUGUGGUAUCAGUGGAGACAUUACAUGACUUAGCCGAACUGGAAGAUUUGCAACACGCGAGCUCAUUCGUUACCUACGUACAACAUUCAGCUGUUGUGGAGCAACUCAAUAGAAGUUGUGUAGGCAAUGAAGUGUGCAACAAGCCGCAACGUCGUCAACAACUGUUUAAAAUACCAAAUCGCAUGACAGAGUUAUUAAGUCGUGUAACAGCUAACUUAAACUGUUACAACAAUGCGCAGCGUCAUAGACGACAACGGCAGAAGCAACGGCAGGAAGAAGAGGUGCCAUCACCAGAACACCCAGAACACCAGCAAAACUAACACGUUUAGGCUAGAUAGGAAAUAACUAAGACAAUCCCAGUGAAUAUGAAAAUCAAAAAUGCAAACAAAAACUCCAAAUCAUAUAUGAAGGCAACAGUUGAAUGUGUACACAAGUGUAAUGAUGUGAAAACAAAAAAGUCUACCUACCGUCGAUUGCACUGUUUAAAUUGUGCAUCAUCAAGUAUCAAAAUAGUAUUAAGCAACAGCUACUUAUAAUAAUAAUUUUUUAGUUUUGCGUAACAAGCAAGCGGAAACUAACAAAAUUCACGCUCUUAGCGUGCUUUUACUUUUGAAUUUGUUCAGCGGCACAUUUCUAUGGGUCUACAUACCGCUGUUGGUUACGCACCAAAACGCAUUUGCUAAAAUAGUAUUUAUGCUAGUUUUUGUGGUAGCUUAGAUUAAAUAUAUAUAUAUAUAUAUAUAUGUAGUAUAAAACUAUUGAAAUUGUACUAAAUAUAAAAUGUAAAUAUGUUAUUUGCUUGUUACUAUUUUAAUUCAUAGAAUUUUCUACUAGUUUAUUGUAAUAUAAAAAAUAGUUUUUAAAAGUUUAGUUAAUGAAAUUAUUUAUUUUCUCAUAAAUGUAUGUAAACUUAUUUAUUACAUAUCUGUUUUCAUGGUGUGAACUCAACUCCUCUCCUCUUCUCAUUACCAUCAUUUACAUUAUAUUAUAUCACUUUGUUCUUCACUUCCUACAUUUAUUUAUUUAUUCUUCUUGGUUGUUAUGUCCAUUACAAAUUUAUACAUCAAUUGUAAAUACUAUUGUAUGUACACAUACUAUUGUUGAAGUGUACUUUGAUAUUCCUAUAUAAUUUUUAUUUGGUUGCUGGAACUUUAUAAUAAUUAUUGUUAGUGCCAGCAAAGUAAAAGAGCGAACAAACAGUUUUAAGAUUUUUGGGAGAGAAAGUACAAUACUUUGCAGUCAUAAUGUUCAACUGUACUUACAUAUCCAUGACUGUAAAACUGAAUUUAUUAUAAAUGCAAUUGUUUAAACUCGUUUUGAAAAUAUUAAAGAAAUACAACUAGAAGAAAAAAACUCAAA